AUGUCACCGAACGUACGGCGACUAUACGAGUCACCGCCUUGGGGACUUGGGCGUCGCGUUGAACGAAGGCGGUACCCAGCACACCGUGGACCACCGCGCUCAACUUUCAGUUUCGUGCCCUUGCUGCGCUCGACAGCGUGCCGGGUGACUGACCACUCGCUGAGGCGACGCGCUUCCGAAAAACGACGCAGUGAAAGCACCAGUCGGCGUCCAGCGCUAGGUUGUAGAAGCCGGAGAGCCCAGCUGCGAGCCCCUCAAGUUCGCCUGCUUCAGCGAGGCGCUCAGGAAGCAGCCCCACACAGCACCAGUCGGAUGUUGACAGCGCAGCAAGACAACGCUGCGAACGCGAUACGUAACGAUCCACAGGUUGGAGAUAUUGUGCUCUAUCCAGGCAGAUGGCGAGAGGAGCGUCUCAUAGGCGUUGUGGAGGGCGUCACACCACGUGCGAACUCUGUCCAGGUUAUUACAGAUAUAAAGCCAUUAGAACGCGUCGGCGAUACCAACAAGUUCAUCGAGAGUUCGAAUCGAAAAACAGUAUGGCGCACGAGCACCGAAAUCGUCGUAUGCGACAGAGUAGCGUAUGACCCACAGAACCGAGUGUGGACGUUAGAGGCGCUUCCGCCACCCGCUAGGAGCGCACCGCUGAGCCCAGAGAUGAUCGCCGAGCGCGACCAAGGCCUGCAAGAGUACCAGAAAUUGAAGAGGUGGCUCCUGCAGGGCACACUCGUUACGUCCGGCAUUGGCGUCUGUGUUUGUUUCCUGCGCGCGGGAAUCGCCGACGCUCUCGCUUUUGCGGCUGGCUCAUCGGCUGGCGUCCUCUAUCUUCGCUUAUUACAGCGAUCCGUUGAUCGCCUGCAGCCCAUCGCUGGAUCCACUGAUCUGGCUGGCGCUGCGGCAGCUCCAGCGAGUACCACCGAGCAGCCACGCGCGGUGUCCGUCUUCUCUGCUGCGCGCUAUGCGGCGCCCAUGGUGGCAAUCCUGAGCCUCGUGCUAUCGCAGCGAGGCACGCUGACAUCGAGUCAGGUCUUUUCAUGCAUCUUGGGGUUUCUCUCGUACAAGAUACCCCUAUGGUAUGUUUCCAUACGUGACUAUGCAGAGGCAGCACGCAUCGCACCAGCGAGCGCAGCGCGCAAUGCAGCAUCACAGCACGCAGAAUACGCCUCCAACCAUGACGUGGCGUCGCGACGCGCUGCACGCAGCGCCCGCAACUUGCCAGAUUUGGCGCGAAAUCCGCCUGCUGUAACCGCCAUUGUGGUAACUGGCCCUUCUGGGGUGGGCAAGUCGACGCUCAUAGGGCGGCUUCUAGCAGAGUUUCCGAACCAUCUGGGCUAUUCGGUAUCGACAACAACGCGAGCGCCGCGUCCAGGAGAAGUUGACGGUGUGUCUUACCAUUUCGUGUCGAAGGAAAAUUUUUUGGCGGAUGUCGCCGCAGGCAAAUUCAUCGAAUAUGCCUGCGUUUACGGCAACUACUACGGGACGACGUUUGGUGCUGUGCGAGCUGUUACGCAAUCGCCAUCGCCUCGAGUUUGCAUUCUGAGUCUGGAUUUGCAGGGUGCACAAACCAUGAUGGAUCGACAGGAAUUGGAUGCGUUCUAUAUCUGGAUUGCACCGCCCUCGCUGAUGGAGCUCGAGCAGCGACUCCGGCGGCGCGAGACCGAGAGUCCCUCGGAACUCGAUCGGCGCCUGGAGGCCGCCCGCCAGGAAAUGGAUAUCGCUGAGAAAAUUACAGGUUUCGAUUUACGUAUUGUGAAUGAUGAUAUUGAGGUAGCGUAUGAAAAAAUGCGCCGCGUUGUUUUGGCGCUUUUGCACGGACGGAGAUAG